AUGUAUGCCCCUUCCGUGUGGUUAGGUGUCGGUGCGUGGUGCCUGGCAAGUGUAGGCGCUUUUGCUGCCGCCGGUUCCUUCACCUGGGACCGCAACAACUUCUACCUCAAUGACGCCAAGUACACCAUCAUAGGGGGCCAGAUCGACCCCCAGCGUGUGCCACGCGAGUACUGGGGACAGCGGCUGCAGAUGGCCAAGGCCAUGGGGCUCAACACCAUCUUCUCGUACCUCUACUGGCAGGACAUCGAGCCCUACCCCGGCCAAUUCGACUUUACCGGCAUGAACGACGUCGCCGCCUGGCACCAGGCCAUCAAGGACGCCGGAAUGAAAGCCGUUCUCCGCCCGGGACCGUACGUGUGCGCCGAGCGCGACUGGGGCGGCUUGCCCGGCUGGCUGAGCCAGAUCCCCAACAUGAAGAUCCGCUCCAACAACGCGCCCUUCCUCAACGCCAGCGCCAAAUACCUCGCUAAGGUCGGCGAGCAGCUGCGCGACUACCUGGUGACCAACGACGGCCCGAUCCUGCUCGUCCAGGUUGAGAACGAAUACGGCUACGUAGGCAACGACAUGAACUACAAGCGGGCACUCUCAGACGCCCUCUUCGCCGCCUUCCCUAACAUCAAACAAUACACCAACGACGGCGCCAGCGCGCUCAAAUCCGGCUACCUGCCCGGGGCCCUCUCCGUCGUCGAUGGCUCCGGCCCCAAGAACGGCAUCCCCGAGCGCGACAAGGCCAUCACGGACCCCACCAGCCUCGGCCCCCUCAUGGACGGCGAAGUCUGGAUCACCUGGUUCGACACGUGGGGCCCCAAGAGCGGCCACGCCGGCGCGGCCGACGCAUCGGGCGACAUCGACUGGAUGCUCAGCCAAGGGUACCACUUCAGCAUCUACAUGUUCCACGGCGGCACCAGCUUCGGCUUCGGCGGCGGCUCCGGAGGCGGCUGCCCCAACCCCAUCACCCCCUUCACCACCAGCUACGACUACGGCGCUGUACUCGACGAAACCGGCCGCCCGGCCCCCUCCUACAGCCGCAUGCGCUCCGCCAUCGCCAAACACAUCCCAUCCUCCUCCCUCCCCGCCAUCCCCUCCCUCCCGGGGGGACAAUCCAUCCCCUCGAUCCCGGUCACCAACUUAGAAAAUAUCUUAAAUGGUGGGGGAAUUGGAGCUAUUGGUGGCAACUUAUUGGAGGGCGUGUUCGUGUGGUUGCCUGCUUCCGCCGAUGGGCAUGAAGUGGUGGUGAGGGAGGGGGGGGAGCCGGUUUUGUAUCGGGGGACGUUUGAGAACGGGAGGGAGGGGAUGGCGGCAGAUACGUUUUUGGAGUUGCCUGGGGGGGUGAAGGGGGUGGUGUUUGUGAAUGGGCAUAAUUUGGGGAGGUAUUGGACGAUUGGGCCGCAGCAGCAGCUGUUUGUGCCGGGGGCGUGGUUGAAGAAGACGAAUGAGGUGUUGGUGCUGGAGCUGGAGCCGAAGCCGGGUGAGCGUGUGGCGAGGGGGUUGGCGGUGCGGACGUGGGGGAAUAACCCUGACCCGGAUUGUAAUGGGUGUUCGUGA